AUGGGUGUCCAGAAGAAGACGCGCAAAAAGAAGAACCAGAUGGCCGGCGAGAUCGAAGCCGAGAAGAAGAAGCAAGAAUCCCAGGCCAAGCGCGAGAUCGCCAGCAAUGAAGAACUAACACCCACCAGCCCACAAGUCUCCUCUGCCCUCUUCUUCCAAGCCAACACCGCCCUCGGCCCUCCCUACUCCGUCCUCGUCGACACCAACUUCCUCUCGCACACCGUGCACGCCAAGCUCGAGCUCGACAAGGCCCUCAUGGACCUGCUCUACGCAAAAGCCACGCCCAUCAUAACCACCUGCGUCAUGGCCGAGCUGGAAAAACUCGGCCCGAAAUACCGCAUUGCGCUGCGUAUCGCGCGCGACGAGCGCUGGGAGCGUCUCAAGUGCGACCACAAGGGCACGUACGCCGAUGACUGUAUUGUGGAGCGCGUCAUGAAGCACCGCAUCUAUGUAGUGGCGACCAAUGAUAGGGAUUUGAAGAGGCGGAUUCGCAAGAUUCCCGGUGUGCCGAUUGUUAGUGUUGCAAAGGGCAAGUAUGUCAUUGAAAGGUUACAACAUGCGCAACACCAACAACAACAAGUGGAGAGGUUCUACAAGCCGCUCAAACCAUCAAGCAGAGCAGUCAAUCCUCCAACACCCAUCAAAACACCCGCAGCCUUGCUCUUGUUGUGGCUUUUCUUCUUCGAAUCUGUAGAGUAUCUACUCCUCGACUUCGACCUGCGCCGCCGCCUAUCCUUUCCACUAUCUGAGUCCGACGUGGUAAAAUCAUCGUCAUACCUUGACUUCACCUUCGGCUUCAGAUACGUUUGUCUCAGUGGCGACUGUGGCACCUGGAGAUUGUGCGGCUGA